AUGACGAUUGGUCAGUUUGGGAUGACUGAUCUUAUCAUCAGUGAGAUCGACGAAGCGGCUGCUACUCCUCUGCAGGCAGUGAAGCUCCUUGCUAUGUAUCUAUCGAGUCCUGAAAAUAAGGAAUCAACCAUCUCAAGCUUGAGGGAAUGGUUGGCUGAUCCAACUGUAGGAAACAAUGCUACUAUUAGGUUGGUUGCUGGUACUAUAUUCAUGCAUGAGGAAGACUACAACGAGGCUCUCAAGCAUACUCAUUCUGGAGGAACCAUGGAUCUGCAUGCUUUGAAUGUUCAGAUAUUCAUAAAGAUGCAUAGGUUAGAUUAUGCUGAGAAACAGCUGAGAGUGAUGCAACAGAUUGAUGAAGACCACACACUCACUCAACUCGCGUCUCGGUGCAUGAAUUACUGAAGCAUGUUUAGUAAU